CCCAUUUAUUUCGUGCUCGUGCUAGCCCGUGGGCGGCACGACACGGUGCCCACGUACAAUUGGAAACCUUUGCCACCAAAAUAAUAUAACUCCGUUUUUUGCAUGAGCAAUGUUUUUAAGAAUAUCUAAGAGGCAAAAGACACGGGAACAAGUGGAUAGCUAGGGAGGCGGCAGAGUCGCAGGCUCCUUAUCAUCACCCACCCCUGCCAAAAGACAACCGGUAACCUUUCCACCUCUCCAAAAGCCAAACCCAAAGCCACGAACCUUUCCUUUCUGCCUCCUCCUCCCCAUCCCAAUUUCCGCGCUUAAAAUACUCCAAUCCCAAGGGGUUGAAAUUGGCUGUAUUAUGCAUCCAUCAACUCCGCAACCAAUGAUCCGACGACGAGUUCUACUCUGACUGGAAAGGGGGAGAAAAUCCCAUAAUCUUACUUGCCCCCCAAAAUGGCCACCCAUCCAACCCUUCAAUUUCACAAUACCUACUUUUUGCUGCAUCACUCGACGCCGCCAAGUUCGCCAAAGUUCCAGCCUCUGGCUCUGUUCCCCGUGAAAACCCACUACAGGACGCCAUCCUUGAACUUGCAGAGCGGGAGCAGCAGUAAUGGGCGGCGGAGAAGGAAUAGUACUCUCGCGGUGGCGGUGUCUGCAGCGGCCGGAAAUGUGGCGUGGUGGGACGCUUGGAAGCCCGACGACAAAUCCCCUUCUGUUCCCCUCAGCGACAUCUUUUGGCCUUCUGCAGGGGCAUUUGCGGCAAUGGCGAUACUAGGGAAGGUGGAUCAAAUGAUCGCGCCCAAAGGGGUAACAAUCACAAUUGCUCCAUUUGGCGCCGUCUGCGCCGUCCUCUUUACCGCUCCUUCAUCUCCCGCCGCCAGGAAGUACAACAUGUUCAUGGCCCAAAUCGGCUGCGCCGCAAUUGGGGUUCUGGCGUUCUCGUUCCUCGGCCCGGGCUGGCUAGCGAGGAGUAGUGCUCUGGCUGCCUCCAUUGCUUUCAUGAUCUACACCAGAUCCACCCAUCCGCCUGCGGCUAGCUUGCCCCUUCUCUUCAUCGAUGGGGUGAAACUCCAUAGCUUGAAUUACUGGUAUGCUCUGUUUCCUGGUGCAGCUGGCUGCCUCAUCCUCUGUUUCAUUCAAGAGAUUGUGAGCUACCUGAAGGAGAAGGUGAAGUUCUGAAUGUGCAAUAAUUGGGCGGGGGGAUCAUAUUUGGUUGGAUGACUUGUUAAGACUCCAAUCGUAACACUACUGGGUCAAACUGAAAGCCAGGAAACCAAUUUGUUAUAAAGCAUCUCAAACAACAAUUGAAUCCAUGGGUUUAACAGGUAAGCACUGGUCUAGCGUUGUAAAUCAGCCAUUAUUAUUGAGGAUCGCUAUGAUGUGAAUACGAGACAUCUCGAUGUAAUGUUAUAUUAUAUUGAAAUAUAAUUCGUUUUAGUAACUCAACAUGUUGAGAGAUAUUUAGAUAAUGGUCUCGUGUCAUUUUCUUUGCAUGUGCUUUGAAUAAUAAAGUUUAAUAGAUUUU